AUGAAUUUACAAAGUUCAAUUGUUCACGAAAUUGAUACACGACAAAGUACAGCAUUGACUGUAUUCGAUGGAUCUCGAGAAGAUGAAAGUAAAUUAGCAAAACAAUUUUGGAACUCAGUGGUACUCAUACCACCUGUUGAAUCAACACUUGUUUGUAAAGAAAUUAAACAACGUACAAAAAGUCGAACAUUGAAUGAUGGAACAAUAAAACCAAGAUUUUCAACUACAAUUGUUAAGACUAAAAACGAAAAAUCAAUGAAAGAUAAAAUGCACGAUGAAACAGCUGCAUAUCAAAAUGUUGAAGAUGAAGCUAAACGAAUAAAAGCUGUUGAAAAACGACAACAACAAGUACGACAACUAUUUUGUAAACAAGCCAAAGCUAAUCGAACUAAGAAAGAGCAAUGGAUUAUUCCUCAAUUUGGUAACUAUAUUAGUAAUAUUCAUCAUCAAAGAACAACCAUGGCUCUUCAGGAUGAAACAGAUGAGAAAGAUUUUGAUGACGAUGAACGACAAUUAGUUUGUUCUUUACCAGAUUAA